AUGGACAAAGAGAAAACCAGGAAUCAUGAAGCAAGGAAAGGAAAUGACAAGAAUAAGAUGCAACAAAGUGAUGAGAAGGAGGUUCAACAAAAGAAAGGAGAGGUUAAGAGCAAACAGGAUCACAAUGAGCAUAAUAAAGAAAAGGAGGAUCAGAAAGAAAUAGGAGUAAAGACUAGAACAACACUAAAAAAGAGACUAAACAAAAUUAGCAAGAAAAAGAAGAAGAAAAAGCCAAAAAAGAGGAACAAGGUGAAAAUCAGAAUAGGGAAGGAAAGAAUGGAAGAAAUAGACUCCAGAGAUAUACAAGAAAUAAACACUGAGUCAAAAGAACAGAGAGGAAUUGAGGAAGAUUACAGUGAAGGGGAGAUAGAAACUAGAAAUGCUAAGAAUGAGAUGGAUCAACAACAACAAGAGACUGAUGAGCAAGUAAAGCUAACAGAUGAAGAAAGACAAGAACAAGUUGAUAUUCACAAAGAGGGAACUGGAGACAAUAUUAAGACCAAUGUCAUUGAUGAUGAUGAUGUGGAGUCAUCCAGUCUCCCAUCUGUUAUCAAGAACCACCCUGAUAUUAAUCUAGUGGUUGACUUAAAUGACAACAUGCUAGAAACUUACAGAUCCCAAAAAAGGAUGGACAUCAUCUUUGAAAAGGAUAAUACUAUAAACAACAAGAUGGAGGAAUGGAAAGAAAAUAAAAAUAUGAGUAAUCUCAAGAUAAAAGUGAUGCACAACAACAUUUGA